CCACCUCUCCCCCCAGCAGAGGAGGAAGAGCUGAGACAAGUGAACAACAAGCCAAAGCCAGGCAGACAGGAGACUGUAUAGCGUGUGAAUGGAGCAGUGUGCGAGUACGGCCUCCCUGCUGGCCUCGGUGCGGGAGCAGGAGAGGCAGUUUGAGAUGCUGAGCCGAGCUCUGGAGGAGGAGCGGAGGUCGUGUGCUGGCACCUUGCCCCGCCCCCUCCCCAACAUGCAGAACGGCCGCAUUCCUUGUGAUGCAGACAUAGAAAGGCUGACAUUGAACGAGGGUUACAUCAACGGGACACAUCACUUCAGGAUGGAGCCUGGUCAGGUGGUGCAGGAGACGUUCACGGUGGAGGAACAACCCCAGCAGAUGCCACCUAUUGUGUCUGUGGAGACCAGUGAAGAUGGGACAACAAAGCGUACAGAAACCACAGUAAAGAAAGUAGUAAAGACUACCACCACCCGCACAGUCAUCCCUUCUGUGUCAGACACACUGUCAAUGGAUGGAGGCUCUGUGACAGGUGGAUACACUACACCCGCCGACCGACUCUACAGGCAGGGCCCUGGAGUUGCUGUGCCAAUGGACUACCCCACUCAAACUGUGCCCCGAAACUACCACUACGGACCUCCAGUGGGACCUUAUGACGACUACCGCGUUGGACCUCCAUCUGAGGUCUAUACAAGCCUCAGCAGGGGAGCUCACAUGGAUGAUCGCUACAGACCGGUUCAUCCAGAUGGGUAUAGGACUCUAGAUCCCAACUACAGAGCCCCCAGCAGGAACCAGUUGGACCCCUAUGCUGCUCAGCCACAGGUUGGGCCUAUGGGAAGUGGUAUGGAGCUUUCCUCCAUCCCAAGGUUUGUUCCAGAGCCAUACGGUCUGGAGGAUGACCAACGCAGCAUGGGCUUUGAUGAGCCCGACUAUGGCAUGGCACCUCCAAUGCAUUACAGCACUGUGCCCCGCAACCCCCAUGCUUACCCUCGUGCUCCGCCUCGCAGGACCGGGAGCUAUGAGGGCCUCUUGGAUGGCGACAUAAGCGGUGCAGGAGAUUACUACUGGGGUGGCGGCGCGCCACUGGCUCAGGGUGAAAGAGGGAGCAUGGCUUCAUUGGACAGCACUCUAAGGAAAGGCCCUGGUCCCGGUGGCUGGCGUCAGCCAGAGUUACCUGAGGUCAUCGCCAUGCUCAACUACAGGCUGGAUCCCGUCAGGAGCAACGCAGCUGCUUAUCUGCAGCAUCUCACCUUUAAGAAUGAUAAGGUGAAGUCCGAUGUGCGUCGUAUGAAAGGCAUUCCAGCACUGGUUUCUAUGCUCGACAACCCACACAGAGAGGUUCACUACGCAGCCUGUGGCGCACUAAAGAACAUCUCAUAUGGCAAAGAUCAAGACAAUAAGAUUGCCAUCAAGAACUGCGAUGGCGUCCCGGCUCUGAUCAGGCUUCUGAGGAAGACUCAUGACCAGGAUCUGACGGACGUUAUCACAGGAACGCUGUGGAACUUGUCGUCUCAUGAUUCUGUGAAAAUGGAGAUUGUGGACCAUGCAUUGCACGCCCUCUCCGACGAGGUGAUGGUUCCCCAUUCAGGCUGGGAGCGAGGGAGCAACGGAGCAGGUGGUGGGGAGGAAAACUGCAAGCCCAGGCAUCUUGAAUGGGAGACUGCCCUCACCAACACAGCAGGCUGCCUGAGAAAUGUGAGUUCAGAGCGAAGUGAGGCGAGGAGGAAGCUCAGGGAGUGCACGGGAUUGGUCGACUCGCUCAUGUACAUUGUCAAGUCCCAGAUUGACUGUAAAGAUGUGGACAAUAAGUUGACAGAGAACUGUGUGUGUCUGCUGAGGAACCUGUCCUACCAAGUGCACCGUGAAAUCCCCAACCCCGAGCGCUACCUGGAGGCCACACCAAACCACCAAGGCCCCGCCUACUCCAGCAAUAAGGGCAGUUGCUUCGGUUCCCGCAAGAGCAAAGAUGAGUGGUUUUCCAAAGGAAGGAAAGAUGAGGAUACAGCUGAUGAUACAAUAGACAUUCCAAAAAGGACCUCACCUGCUCAAGGCUAUGAGCUCUUGUAUCAGCCGGAGGUGGUUCGCAUCUACAUGUCUCUGGUAAAGGAGUCCCAAAACGCCACAGUGUUGGAAGCUUCAGCUGGAGCUAUUCAGAACCUGUGCGCUGGACACUGGACUGUAAGAACUGCCAUCUAUACUGAUCUUUUUCGAUUUUACAGUUCAGAUCGGGAGGUGCGUGGAGCCGGCCUAGUGCUGCAGACAGUUUGGGGCUACAAGGACCUGCGGCGCACUUUGGAAAAGGAUGGCUGGAAGAAGACAGAUUUCAUGGUCAACUUAAACCCUCCCACCAACAAACCCAACGGAUAUGAGGAAAGCACUCUGCCGCUUAUAGACAAAGGUGGCAAAAGUGACCGGGAAAUGAUUCCAAUGAAUGACAUGGGACCAGAUGCCUACUCCACACUGGACCAGACGGGGAGAAGGAACACUCUGGAUAACACACUCGGACCUACUGACAAAGAUUUAGAUCAGAAAAACUGAUUGUGUGCAUCACAAGACGACAGCCUCCUCCCACUUACUGCCCUUGCUGAACUGACAAUGGGGGACUACCGCUACACUACCGACAUGACUAAACUUCAUCCCUUACACUCUUGCAGUUUCUCUUCCUCCUUCUGUCUCUCUGUUACAUUCCUCCAUUGCAGUUCAAACCCUCGAAUGAAACCAUAUGGAAAACUGACGAUGCUCUGCAUUCCCUGUGGACAGCCGGAUGUGACACUACGACCACUUGACUCCAAAACCACUCCAUCAGCACUGCAGCUUGCUUGGACAACACUAAUGCUCUCUUUCUUUGAGACUGUGGCUUCUUUGGUAUUUUCUCGGAGGUCAGAGCAAAGACUAAUUAAACUAAUUAAAAAGGAACUGUUGGAAUCAUAUCAGGACACUUUAUGGUGAGAUUUUCCAUAAAUGGCUAACACACUCUGUUUUGACGAAAUCAACGUUUUCUCUCUCUCUCUCUUUCCUUAAUGGUCACACACUACAAAAUAUGAGUAAUUUCCUACCGCUGGGAUCUUGUAUUUAUCUGUCUAAUUAGAUAUGUGUACAGCUUCUGCUUCUGUUUUGGUAGCGGUUGUUCCUCGACUCGCUUUGCUGUGUACUUUUAGUUACGUACGCGUGCCAAAUGACACUGCUACUGCUGUGACUGCCACUGCUAACGCGCAACAUGGCACGCUCAGACUUUUCUCCAGCAGCUACACUGAAAACUCGUCAUCCGCUUUGUUCUGUUGGCAUCUUGUGUUGGUGACAGCCCAAAGAUGCAUGGGCGUGCUGCUUUUUUCUGCAUUUGAUUGUGAUGAUCCACAACUGUACAAGGUUAGUUAUACAGCCAGAAAUAAAGCAGACGAAUGAUUUUCCUCCUCCUCCUCCUUGUUGGAACAGACGGCAGACUAUUUCUAAAGUGAUCUUUCUGUUAAAUGCACCCCCCUUUUUCUUGGUAAUUCUUAGUGGAUAUCUCAAGGAUCCGGCGGGCGCAUUUCCUUAUCUGCAGGUCCAUAAUCUUAUGAAUGUGUACAUAUGCAAGAUUGUCUUUAAUCGUGGGCUAAAUGGAGUGCCUCGCUUAUUCAGGAUGGGUCUCAUGGGUGUGUCCAGCGUGACCUGGGUAACUGGUCAAGUUGUUUUGUUUUGUUUUUUCACAGCAGCGUACAAUUUGGGAGUGCUGUAUAUAGAACUCAGAAGUUUUUAUUAUGCGAGAAUAUGCGAUCUUGUAUGUUAUUGGAUAUUUCUUUUUUUUUUUUAAAUUAAACUCUUGAGUUCUGUAUAACUUACUGCUUCACAAAUCCAUAACCUGCCUGGCUUUAAGACAGAUCGACACAGUGCUGUCUGUUUUGUUUGCCCACAUUUCUUUAGUACGAUGUUUGUUCUGAAGAGGAAUGCUUAUUCUUAGUGCCGAGUGAGAUGUAGAUACUUACUGCGUGGAUGAUUAAAAGAAGCACUACGGGGUUGUAAAGUGUGAUUUUUCUUUUCUUUUUUUAACCUCCUUUUUUCAUGCCAGUUGAAAUAUGACAGCCUCAUUUUCUCAAAUUAACGAGCUGUCUUCAAGAUUGGACUGACUGAAAGAUGAAAAUGAUAGCGAGCGAGGGCUAGUGUUAGAAAGAGAGGCAUAGACCAGAAUCUAUUAGAUAAAAUCAAGAAAAAAGUAAAAGCACAUUUAAACUAUAUAUACAAGAGAAUAUUUGUUAAUUUUAAUGGUUUUAUGUAUUAUUAUUUUUAUAUAUAUAUAUUGAUUUGGGUUUAAUUGUUUUGGGUGUUCUGGGUGAAUGCAUAUGCAAUCUUUUUUUUUUCUUUUUUUUCUUUUUUUUGUUUGAUUGAAAACAGUUUGUCUUAAUUGAAAGCAAAACCAAGUUAGCUGAACAGAAAUCCUCCGACACCAUCAUCAGAUACACUAAUGGGAAGGAAAAAACCAGAUUGUUGACUAAUGUAAUCUCUUUGCCUUGGCUCUUAAAGUUGCACAUUCUCAUUUAUGAAUGAAUUAUGUAACUAGCAAUAAUGUUUUUAAUAAAAAAGAAAAUUAUUUCUCA